CGCUCGCGGGCCCGUUAUCCCCGGCUUGUUUUUCGCUCCCUGUUGUCUUUUUUCGGCGGCGGUUCAAUAUGUCAGGUCGUGGCAAGCAGGGCGGCAAAGCUCGCGCGAAGGCCAAGUCCCGGUCUUCCCGCGCCGGCCUGCAGUUCCCGGUGGGCCGAGUGCACCGUCUCCUGCGCAAGGGCAACUACUCGGAGCGGGUGGGCGCCGGCGCGCCGGUGUACCUGGCGGCCGUGCUGGAGUACCUGACGGCCGAGAUCCUGGAGCUGGCGGGCAACGCGGCGCGCGACAACAAGAAGACGCGCAUCAUCCCGCGCCACCUGCAGCUGGCCAUCCGCAACGACGAGGAGCUCAACAAGCUGCUGGGCCGCGUCACCAUCGCGCAGGGCGGCGUCCUGCCCAACAUCCAGGCCGUGCUGCUGCCCAAGAAGACCGAGAGCCACCACAAGGCCAAGGGCAAGUGAGGCCCCGCCGGUCGCUAGUGCAGCUUGACGGACACCAAAGGCUCUUUUCAGAGCCACCCACGACCUCGGGGGAAGAGCUGUGCACACUCGAGCCUGUCGCCGGCGAGCUGGCCAGGCCGCCUCUCCCGGGGACCCGCGGGAGGCCAACGGUUUCCAUCCGCGGCCGGUUCGGACCGUUUGUCCCCACCCACCCAUCCUCUUGCAGGCGCCCGGUUUCAGUCCAGGUUCCUGCUUGGACCUUGAGGGGGAAAUACUUGGGUUCUGUAGGAAUUAGCGUAAGGUUCUGUUUGGACUCCGCGGUCUGUGCUGAAGCGGCGACCUGAGAUGCUCCCGAGUUCCACGUUCGGAUUCCCAGAGGCGUCUCGAGGAGGGACUCGGGUACUUUACCUCUGUGCGUCUGUAAACGUCCCGUCCUAAGGCGAUUAGUGAGAACAACUUGGAAGUUGGCUGGUUUCUCGUGUCGGGGAUGGGGGAGCGGCCUGGGCUGCCACAGCCUGCUUAGUGGCAGGGUCCGGCAGGCAUCGGGAAUCGGCUGAUCUGAUCCAUCUAAGUCGCUUAACCUUGGGGAACAAAAUAAUCUGUGAGUUUCGUUAAGACUGGGUUUGAGGGUGCUGCAGUGUCCUAAUAAAGUUUAAAGGGAAUCUGCA